UAGGAUUAUGAUAACCUUUUGCAUCACCGUUAUAUUGAUCGCUAUUUAUAUGUCAAUUAUUCUUUCAAUAUAAUAAACGUAUGACAAGUUAUUAUGUUAAAAUUAAUUUCAGUUGUAUCUAUCUGUGUAGGGAUCUGUUCAGCCUUACACUUGGAUCCUGCAUCGAGAGGUGCUGACGACUUACGUUAUCAGUAUGCUCCGGAUUCCAACGGCAAAAUUCAUCUCGUUGAUGUUCGGCAACCAAUCUGGGGCUUAAAAAAUGUUAUGAGAUAUAACCCUUUAAGAUCUAAUGUUUAUCAUUUAUUUACAAGAGAAAAUCCAAGAGUGAGCCAGCCAUUAAUGCCUAAUAAUGUGAACUUGUUGUCACGGUCUAAUUAUAAAAGUAUUAGAAGAACGAUUGUACUUAUACAUGGUUGGAUGAAUUCCGCUACAUCGAAUUUCAAUUCUGUGCUUCUUCGAGCGCUCUUGGCUGCUGAGGAUGUGAAUGUUAUUGUGGUGGAUUGGAGUUCAGGUUCCAAUUCUUUGCAGUACAGGGAAGUAAAUGCAAAUGCCAUAUCGUCGGGUUCAGCUGUGGCUCAGUUUAUUAAUUGGUUGAACCAAAAUACAGGUUCAGUACUUGCUCAAUAUCAUAUCAUUGGGCACGGAGUUGGUGGCCAUCAAGCUGGCAUUGUUGGAAGAAAUUUAAACGGUCAAGUGCCAUAUAUUACUGGUCUUGAUCCAGCACUAAUUGGUUGGGUGAACAAUAUAUAUCGCUUCCGUCCAAGCGAUGCACUUUAUUCUGAAGUCAUACACACAAACUAUGGUGUCUUUGGAUACUUGGCUGAUUUAGCAAAAGUAGACUUUUAUCCCAACGGUGGCAUUUCAAUGCCUGGUUGUGAUUCUAACGGCUGCGAUCAUGAGAGAGGCUUUCAAUAUCUGGCAGAAUCUAUCGCAUCUGGCGGUUUCAGAGGAAGAGAAUGUAUGAACUAUUAUGCUGCAGUUUUAAGGAUGUGCAAUGGUCCGAGACAACUGCAAAUGGGAGGUCUGGAACCUAAAACUGGGGCUUCCGGUGUAUACUUCUUGGAAACUAAUGCUCAACCUCCGUUUUCUCAAGGUUAAGUUUUUGGAUGCUAUUUAAAAAGAAAAUUCAGUGAUAACAUGUUUCACUUAACCUAAAAUCAUACAGCAUUUAAUGGUUUUAUUUUGUUUUAUUCAGUAUAUAUUUCACAAUUAAUAAAAUUAGUUUCAGGG